UCCUAAUAUCGCACUAGCAGCAUCAACCAAGGAAAGCGAAAAUCAAAUCCUAGCUACUACGUAGAUUUUCCGAGUACUUUCGAAUUAGGGUUUGUGAUUUCAAGGAAUUCGGUUUAUUUUCCUUGAUUUGCUUCAAAUUAUUGCGCCAUGUUCACUCCACAGAGAAAGGCGUGGCAGCCGCAGACGCCGCGGAGUGAGGCCCGAACAAGCGGCGGCUUUGGGAGGGUUACAAAUCCCAAGAAUGUUGGGAAAGGCAGAGCGGUGGCUUUCGUCGACCCUCCGCUACCACCGCCUUCACCGGUGGGUUCACUGAGCGAAAACGACGCAGUGAUAGGGUUGGACGCUGAAAACGUGGAGGAUUGGAGGAAGUUUAAGGAGGUGGGUCUCUUGGAUGAAGCGGCCAUGGAGAGGAGGGACCGCGAGGCACUCCUUGAAAAGGCUUCGAAGCUUGAAAGAGAGGUUUUUGAUUAUCAAUAUAAUAUGGGGCUUCUCCUCAUCGAGAAAAAGGAGUGGACUUCAAAGUAUGAAGAGCUAAGGCAGGCACUGGCGGAAGCUCAUGAGAUCCUCAAGCGCGAACAGACGGCUCAUUUAAUUGAAUUGUCUGAAUCUGAGCAGCGGGUGGAAAAUCUAAAUAGAGCCUUGGGAGCUGAGAAGCAUUGUGUGGUAGAUCUUGAAAAGGCUUUGCAUGAUGUGCAACAUGAACAUAACAAGAUCAAGCUUGAUGCUGAGACAAAGUUGGCCGAUGCUAAUACCUUGGUUCGUGCAAUAGAAGAGAAAUCUGUUGAGGUGAAAGAAAAAAUGUUUGCUGCCGAAGCCAAGAUUGCCGAGGUGAACAGAAAGAGUUCAGGGUUGGAGAUGAAAUUGCAGGAGUUGGAGAAUCGGGAAAGUUUGCUUCAUAGCGAGCGCCUCUCUUUAAGUACUGAGAGAGAAGCACAUGAAGCAUCUUUUUAUAAGCAGAGGGAGGACCUACGAGAAUGGGAGAGUAGAUUACGACAAGGAGAAGAGAGGUUCUCUGAUCUUAGAAGAGCCCUUAACCAGAGAGAGGAACGUGUAGAUGAAAUUGAGAGGUCUCUUAAGCAGAAAGAGACAAACGUUGAAGAACGACAAAAGAAGAUUGAUGUAUCCAGCUCAAAGAUAAAAGGGACAGAAGAUGAUUUAAAUAUUAGACUCUCAGAUUUAGCUGCAGAAGAGAAGAAAGCUGAUUCUAUAAAAAGCAGUUUAGAAAUGAAAGAGAAGGAACUGAUUGCAUUGGAAGAAAAGCUUAGUGCUAGAGAAAGAAUGGAGAUACAGAAUAUCCGUGAUGAACAUAGGACUAGCCUUGAUGCUAAAAUGCGGGGGGUUGAGUCAGAUUUUGAAGAAAGGAGGAAAGCUCUUGAUGAGGAACUAAGAAGCAGAGUAGAUGAAGUGAAGUCACGGGAAGCUGAAAUUAAACAUAAGGAAGAAAGGAUUGCAAAACAGGUGCAUGCUCUGGAUAUGAAGUCAGAGAGAAUGAAGGUGAACGAGAGGGACUUCGAACAGAGGAUGAUAAUUGUAAAGGAGAAAGAAAAGUCUAUGAAGGCUGAGCAGAAAAAGUUGGAGUUAGAAAGGCAAGAAUUGCUUGAUGAUAAACAAAGCGUGCAGAUUGUCAAAGAUGAGUGUGAGAAGAUAAGGGUUGAUAUUGCACAGCAGGAGCAGCAGAUUGUUAUGGAGAACGAAAUGCUUGAGAUAAGUGAAAAGGAGAGGUCUGAAUACUUCCAUUUGCAAUUAGAACUGAAACAGGAACUGGAGAAGUGCAGACUUCAAGGGGAGUUGCUUUUGAAGGAAAGAGAAGAUUUGAAACAGGAAAGGGAGAAGUUUGAGAGACAGUGGGAAGAGCUUGAUGAGAAAAGAGCUAAUGUUACCAAAGAGCUUAGGAAAAUUGUAGAAGACAAAGAAAAUUUUAAAAAAAUGCAAUCUUUUGAAGAGCAAAGGUUGAAACAAUUGGAAAAUGAAACUCGGGAGACUAUUCAGCGAGAAUUCGAAGCUGUUAGGCAGAAGAAAGAAUUGUUAGAAGAAACACUUAAAAAUGAGCGAUGGAUUUUGUCUGAAAAGGCGCAAAAUGAUCAUUGUCAAAUGCUUCACGAUUUUGAAUCUCGGAAAAGGGAACUUGAGAUUGAUAUGAUGAAUAGGAUGGAGGAAAUGGAAAAAGUUCUGCAGGUAAAGGAUGGAGCAUUUGAGAAGGAAAGGGAGAAAGAACUUAACAAUAUUCAUUGCUUGAAGGAUGUUGCUGAGAGGAAACUGGAAGACAUUGAAUCUGAAAGGUGUGGAAUAGAAAGGGAAAAGCAAGAAAUUGCAAUGAACAAGGAGUUGCUAAAAGGAAAGGAACUUGGACUACACAAGGACAUUGAUGAACUGGUUAAGCUUAGCCAGAAGAUCCAGUAUUGGCGAGAGCAGUUUAAGGAGGAAAGAAAUAUCUUCAUUGCUUCUGUUGAGAAGCAUAGUAAUUGCAAGAGUUGUGGAGAAAUCACGAGGAAAUUUGUACUUCCUGAUCUCGAACUACCUGAUAUGGAAGAGAGAGAUGCUCUUUUUUUAACUAGGCUUGAUAAUAAAUUUAUGGGGAAUUCUCAAGGUGACAAAGCUGCUUCUGAUGUUAAAGCUAUCCACAAAUCUGAUGGAGAGCCAGGGAGAAGCAUGUCUUGGCUCCACAAGUGCACUUCAAAAAUAUUUAGUAUAUCCCCAACAAAAAAGGUUGAGCCUGUCUGUGGUUCAAUAUUGGGAGAGGAUUCGUCUCUGUUAGCUAUCAGGGAUGAUGUGGACAAAAAAGCUGAGGGGUCUAGUGUGUGUGUAAAUGAUGUGUCAACGAGGUCUGGUGCUCCAGAAGAUGAAUGGCUACAAUCCCUUGGGAAGGCUAAGAAGGCCAUUGAUGUCCAACGGCUCCAAUAUGAUAACCCUUUUAGAGAGGCAAGUGAUGGUUGUUCAGUGUCUGUUGGAGAUGAUAGCUAUAUAGACAGUAAAGCACAAGAUUUUCCAGAAGAUUCUGUGCAAUUGGAGCUGAAGAGUGUUAGGCCUAAACGUGGGAGGCGCAAGUCUGGAUUGCAUCGAACACACUCCGUGGAGGCGGUGGUUGAAGAUGCUAAAGUGUUCCUUGGUGGAAGUCCCGGGGAAGUGGAAGCGGAUGCAAGUUUGCAGCCGAAUGAUAGCAAGCUUGAUGCAAACGAUAAUUAUGGUAUUUCCACCCGUACUGGGAAAGCAGCUGGCAAUGUAAGGAAGAGAAAGGGAACACACACUUCUAAAACCAAUGAGAUAAGACAGGAUAUCGGUGAUAGUGAAGGACAUUCUGACAGUACCACAGCUGGUGGGCGCAGGAAGAGGCGACAAACAGUGGCUUCAACAAUCCAAGCUGUUGGAGAAAAGCGCUACAAUCUCAGGCGACAUAAGACAAUCAGUGCAGGCUCAGCCACCACAUCGCAAGCCCCAGCAGAUACGAAGUCUGGGUUGGAGGGGGAUAAUGUUGGUGGUGCCACAAAAGUUGCAGCAGAUUCUGAAACCGCCUUUGUGCUACAUCCGAAAGCUGCUGAUGACCAUGGCAAAUCUACUCUGGUGCAGGUUACAACUUUGGAAAGUAUGGAGUUCCAGAAGGACAGGGUUGUUAGGUUUAAGACGACAGACGAUGUAAAUGAGAACGCGGGAAAGUUUAUCGAAAAACAGUUGAGUGAGGAGGUUAAUGGUACCUCAGAAUAUGGCAGUGAAGAUGAAAAUGGAAGUAUGGUUCAUGAGGCUGAUGAGGAUUAUGACGAUGAACUAUCAAAUCAUCCUGGUGAAGAGUCGAUAAGAAAGAAGAUCUGGAGGUUCUUAUCAACAUAAUGGAUGCCUAUUUUGUUUGGUUGAGCUAGCUCAGCCACCUCACAACGGUAAUCCACGCUUGUUAAUGUGACCUUUAGAGCUGGUGAAAAGUCUUGGCUCUUCUUGUUUUCCCUUUUGGGUUAUUCUGCUUAAAUUUUCGGGGGAAGUAAUGCAAGGCUGAUGGUGGUUUGUGGCAUUGAAUGCCAUCGGCUCUAGACUUGGAUGCAUGUAGAUCAGGAUGACUGCACCAUGUGACUGACUUAUUGUAAAAUUGAUGGUGCAAUUCUAGUAACACUUUUUGAGGGGUUACAUUGCUGGGUUAUAGAUUUCUGCAGGUUUAUAUGGCCUAAUGGCGCUUCAGUGGGCGUUUGGAAUUCUGAUUGUUCAGAUAAUAAUGUGGAUAGUUUUCUGUCAUAUAUAUUGAUCCUCUGGAAUGAACUAAUUUUAGAGAA